AUGGACUUUGCAGAUGACAAUGGCCAGCGAUAUUCCAGCAGAAAGGUCCUGGUACAGCAGCAACAGCAGCAGGCGCGGCUCAAGUUUCGCCAGCUGAAGUUGCGUAUCAGCUUCUAUGGAUACAUUGUUGUGUUGGUUUUUUUGGCUAUUCUCCAGUCUAUCGGGGUGUUUUUCUUCACCAAGGGAUUCCUUCUUUCCCGCCAAGUGCUUCCCAACAUUGCCGAGUGCGAUGAAGACGGUGACUCGAUGUGUCUCCUGCCGAAAUUUGACAAGGCUGUCGUGCUUGUCAUUGACGCCUUGCGCUUUGAUUUUGCCAUUCCCGUUUCUGAAGAUGCAAAUCCAUACUACCACAAUAACUUCCCCAUUUUGUAUGAGCUCGCUCAACUGCAGCCCAAGAACUCGCUUCUACUUAAAUUUAUCGCCGACCCUCCUACCACAACCCUCCAGCGCUUGAAAGGCCUCACUACCGGCUCCUUACCGACUUUUAUAGAUGCGGGAUCGAACUUCGAUGGUGAUGCCAUUGAUGAAGACAACUGGCUUCUUCAGCUUCACCGAUACAAUAAGAGCGUGGCAUUCAUGGGAGACGACACUUGGAAAGCUCUCUUUUCGGAGUAUAUCAACCCCGAUCUUCACUUUCCUUACGACUCGUUGAACGUGUGGGAUUUGCACACAGUCGACAAUGGAGUGCUAGAACACUUGCAUCCGCUAUUAGAAAAGAAUCGUGCAGGUGAUUGGGACGUAUUGAUAGGCCAUUUCUUGGGUGUGGAUCACGCAGGCCACCGGUAUGGACCUGACCACUUCGCCAUGAAAGAAAAGCUUCAACAGAUGAACGAAGUCAUCAAGGAAACUAUCAGCAAAAUUGAUGAUAAAACCCUCCUUGUGGUAAUGGGUGAUCACGGAAUGGACUCUACAGGGAACCAUGGAGGCGAGAGCAAAGAUGAGUUGGAGAGCACAAUUUUCUUUUAUUCGAAGAGCAAAAAGUUUAUUCAACGCAAAGAUGCCAGCGCUUACAAUAUUAGCGACAAAGGGUCCUAUUAUCGAGCGGUUAACCAAAUCGAUCUUGUUCCAACAAUUUCGUUGUUGCUUGGCUUACCCAUUCCUUACAAUAACCUAGGAUUCCCCAUCGGAGAAGUUUUCGGCUCCGAUAAAGAGUUAGCUCAUGCCAGCUACAUUACGCUCCGCCAAUUGCAACGUUAUAGAGACCUGUCACCAGAGCUACAAGACAAUACGGAGCAAUUCCGCUUUCUUAUGGACCAGUAUCUGCAUGUUGGCCGCAAGCAUCACGGCGAGUUCAUAGAAGCUUGUCACAAGUACCAGAGGGACUUCUUGGACCACUGCAAAAGUCUAUGGGCACGCUUCGACAUGUUGCUCAUUUGUUUGGGUAUUACCACAAUGGUGCUGUCACUUUCUAUCCUUGUUACAUAUUCGCGAUCCAUUCCCUCGGUGCGCGUACUGACAAUGUCAUUUGAGUUCAUCGGUCUGGUAAUCGCCAUGUGCCUUUUGGGCUUGGUAUUGAGUUUGUCGAUUUUCAUCGUUCUUAAGCCAGACAUGAGCUUGAAAAUGUGUCUCUUGGCAGGCUGCGCUGCAGGUAUAACUGUCGGCUUCUGGGCACCGGUUAUGGACAGGUUCAGCGUACAGUGGUUGUGGCACCAGAUUCUCGAUUUUUUCGUGUACAACUUGAACUCGUGGUCGUCUUUGGGGUUGCUUUUCGUUGUGCUCCACUGCGCCAUCUUCGCCUCCAAUCUGUACAUCGUGUGGGAGGACAAGCUCGUGCACUUCUUCAUGGCCACAUUUGGUUUCUGUUGCUUGUACGCAUGCAUAACCUCAUCCAAACCCCGGGCAGAAAGAAUACUAAACGCUGUGCAUGCCGUGACACUUAUUAUCUCAUCACGGCUUGUUUCGCUGAUAAACUUGUGCCGAGAAGAACAGCAGCCUUAUUGUAUACCGACUUUCAAAACGUCUUGGUGGAGUGUUUCUUUGUUGUAUGUGGCAGCAUUUAUGUUACCCAUGUUCAUCAAGGCUUUCUACAAACUUGCACAAUCUUAUCAUCUGGCUGCGCCAUUGUGGAUUGAAACAGGUUUACCAUUCUUGAUGUUCAUGAAUGCCGUAUAUUGGACCAUGGAACAUUUGGAGAAUGUGGAUUCUUUCCAAAAAAAUGUGCCGGCAUGGCUCUCUAUCACGACUUUAAAGUCUGUGAAAUUGGCGAUUGCACGUAUCGUGUUAUUCGUUACGUUAGUUCUCGCGAACUUCAGCUGGUCGCGUGGACCGUUGUGCGUGAAAAUAGAACUAGGAGAUCGCGGCGAAAGCAAAUCUGAGUCAGCGUCUGACGAAGACGAGGUUGAUGCGGUCGACAACAUGAAAGAGGAUGAGAAACCGGUUGUGACCAUUUUAGGCUACGGCAACGUUUACGGUUCAUCUUACUUUUUAUUUGUCAUUAAUGUGCUUGUGGCAAUUUUAGCCGUGUCAAAGCCUCUUGGAGCACUCUCGCUUUGCAUGAUGGUGAUCCAGCUUUUAUCGCUACUAGAAUUAUUCUCUUUUCUUGAGUUGCGCCGAAACUUGGUCUCGCCCGUGAUGUUGGGUAUUCUCGGCUACCAACACUAUUUCAGCACUGGUCACCAGGCGACUAUUCCGUCGAUCCAGUGGGAUGUGGGAUUUAUUACGACGCAAACAAUCAUGUUCCCAUUUACCCACUUGAACAUUUUAUUGAAUACCUUUGGGUCAUUCUUCAUUGUGUGUGUGGCGAUUCCUCUCAUCACGUUCUGGCGACUUCCACCGUCGCCCAAGCCCAUCACAGUGCUCCUGCAAAUUGUUACAAACGUCACGACUUUGCUUACCUACCAGACAUUCACCAGCGUCAUGAGCUUCAUAUUCGCAGCACAUUUCCGUCGGCAUUUGAUGGUCUGGAAGAUCUUUGCCCCGCGUUUCAUGUUCAGUGCAUUAAUGCUCAUUGUGUUCAACGUCACUCUCAUAGGUGUGACAGUGUGGUUCGCAACUGGGAGGGUUUUGAUGCAAGUGAACAGGAUUUUUGGCAAGUAG